GAGGUUUCAUACACAUUCAAGUUCCAACAUCGCAAGAACGAAAGCUCCAUUCAAACUUGCUUUCUCCAGGAAGACGAAAAAGUGACUCUCAGAAGAGGAAAAGCAUGGCAACAUCUGGACCUCUUUCAGCAGCUAGAAGUUCUCAAGACUCUGAAAAGCCUGAUCACUUUAAAACUGUUUUCCAGCAACUGGUUAUUGAAAAUGCGAGAGAAAAAAUAUUGAACAACAAAUCUCUUCAGGAGAAGCUUGCUGAGAACAUUAACAAAUUCCUGGGCAGUGAUGCCAGCGUUGCGCACACCCCUAAACAGACAGACACUGGUCCCACGGAACAGGAGACUUCAAUUGAUGAAAUCCUUGGACUUCAGGGUGAAAUUCAUAUGUCAGAAGAGGCCAUACAGGACAUUCUAGAGCAGACAGAGUCAGAUCCAGCUUUUCAGGCUCUCUUUGACUUGUUUGAUUAUGGAAAGAGCAAAGUGAACAAGACCUUACCUGCUGGUAUUUCUGGUCAGAGUGGAGUAGAAAAUGGAAUUCUGGUGGGUGAAGAUAGCCUGGAAACAUUUGAGAGUUCUUUAGGAACAGAAGAAACUAGCAGAUGUGAUAAUUCUAGAGAAUCAGUGUCCUGUAAAGAUUUCCAGUUGGGAGAAGCAUCGUGUGCUGUGAAGACCAGCAUUAAUGAUGAUGAUACAGCUAAGAAAAAUACAACCAGUGAAGAACUGCAUCAAAACUGUAGGCCAAGGACGCAGGCUGAAGUACUUAAAACCAUUACCCCUGAACAUAUUGGAGAGCUUGAAAUUGCUUUGGACUCCGUGCCUGGUUUGACUGAAGCUAACAAGGCACAGAGUUCUGAUAGCAAAUGUAAUGAGCACCAUGGAGACACUUAUGUUACAAAUGAGUCAUCUACGUUAGUAUCUGAAAGUGAGAGCCCUAUGGAAAUUGAAAAAGGAGCACCAAGUCAUAGUGCUCAGGGUAGUUCUAAUUUAGAAUAUGUUCCUUCUGGUAGUCCACAGAUUUCUUUGAUUUCAUUGGCAGAAGGCACUGCAGCCACUGAAAACAAAAGUCAUGCUGGAAGUAAGUGUCAGUUAUCACCAGAUACAUCACUAUCUGAAAAAACACUUUCUGGAAGCCCUUCUGAUGGGAGCCCUGGCCACAGUGUACUGCUGGGAAAAAAUAGUUCACCCAUUUCUAGCCCAUCAGCAGAUGCAGAAAAAGAACAGGCUGUAACAAACGAGACAGCUGCACUACCUGGUGCUUUACAGGAGAGCUCUAGUCACCACUCUGACCAUCAGGACCAGAGCACACAGUCAGACUGUGCUGCAGGAUCUGCAGUGGAGAUUUCAGAUCUUGACAAAACGGAGUUGCAGCUUGAAGUUGUUGAUACUUCUAACAAAACUUAUUCAAAUGAUCAACAUACACUUGAUAAGCCUAGUAAGAAAGAUUUUAACCUUCCUUCAGGACUGUCAAACUCGGUGGGAACGCAAGGGGAAAUGCAAGAACCUUCAUCUUCUACAAAAGUAGAUGCUGAUAAUUUAUAUUUCUCUUCUGGUGAUAGUGCAUGUACAAAGAUUCCUGUAGUAUCCACUGAAAAUAAUCUUACUACCUCUGAAAUAUGCCACUCUCCUCUCCCAGAGUCUGCAUCCUCAACAGACGAGUCAGGUGCUGAGGCCAAAAGUAUAAGCAGUGUGUCUUCUAGUAGUCAGCCAAUGGAUGUUGAUCCUUCUAAUAUAAUGUCCCUCAAGAUCAUCAUCAGCGAUGAUCCAUUUAUUUCAUCAGACACGGAGUUAAACAGUGCUGUUACCAGCAUCACAGGAGAAAACUUGCCUACUAUAAUAUUGUCAUCUCCAGGCAAAUCCCCAACCAAAACUGCAGGCCUGUCCAAAUGUCUGACUUCAGAAGAAACAGAAAAAAACGUGGACUCAGCUUUGGCAGAGCAGAAUCUCCUUGUGCUUAGACCUAAGGAUCCUGUGGUCACCUCAGUUAACACUCAGAACGAGGACUGCGCGGGUUUUUCAGUUGCGGGUCCGACUAAUCUCUCCAGCGAAGGGGGAUUUAUACAGCUGAUGCCAGCAGCAAGCACAGGUUUUGGGAAUUCAAGCAACCUUUAUAUAGCCACCUGUAUGACUGAUCCAGCAGCCUUGGGCACAGCUGUAGCACCAUCAAAUGUAGUUGUACUGCCUGGCAACUCUAUGCCACUCGCUUCCCAAGCUCCAGCUGUACAGCCGUUACGGACUCCUCCUAGAUCCAGCAAUACAUUUCCAGCAAACCAGACCAUCCCCCCAAACUUCCCACAGGGUUCUGCCAUUAUAAUUACAUCUCCAGUGCAACCAGUUUUGCAAGGAAUGGUGGGAAUGAUACCUCUCUCAGUAGUAGGACAAAAUGGAAAUGCAUUCUCAGCACCUGCCUGCCAGGUUCUGCAUAUGCCUGUGGCUAACCCAGUGUGCAAUGGAGGUGUCCCAAAACUUCCCAUCCCUCCCAAAUCACAGAAGAUUCCUGGAGCAAGAAACAGGACUAAUGCAGGAAAACUGGUACCAAGUGUUGCUGAGCCUUUGAACCACACAAAUUCUCGAUCACAGAGGACUGGAAACUCAGACAAGCUUACCAUUGCAGAACUAGGAAGGAAAGUGGAGGAGAACUUACCUAUUGCACCAGCAGAGAGCACAAGCUCAAAUUCAAGACAGAAUGAAAGUCACAGGAGAGUGCUUUGUUUUGAUAACGUUCUACCUGCUCCAGGAGGAAACACCCAAACUCAGACUGCUAAGAGUUCAUCUCAGAAAGAAAGAAACGAAAAUACUUUAUUUGCUGUUGACUCUGCAUCCUCCUCUGCUAAGGCACAGGUAGCAAAGAGAGAGAAGGAUAAAACAUUGCCCAGAAUCCUGUGCAAGCCAGAAGUUGGUAGCAACAGAAACACUUCUGCAAAGGAGCCACAGCCCGAGCGGAAGGUGGUGACUGCAGGGCUUCCCUCAGAUCCCUUCCACAAGGCUACAGCAAAUAAAGAAAACGAACUGAGAAGGGACACCGAUGAAAAGCAGAAGAACCAGGAUGGUGCCAAACUCUCCAACGGCCAACAGAGCGUUGGCCUAUGGAACGAGAAGACAGUGGCCUCAGUGCAGGAGCUGAACAAAAAGCAGGGCCCACUGUCGAACGGGACUGGCAGUGGCAAAUCGGCAGUGUCCGUCUCUCUGUCCUCGAAGGAGCCGAAGCGAGAACCAGCUAAGGGUUCCAACCAAGGCCUUUGUCUGUCAAGUCCAUUCAGUAAACAGUGUAUGGAAAUGUUGCAGGAUAUUCAGUGGCAAAGCCCAACGGGUAAAACAGCUGAAAACGGCGAGUUGCCAGUCCCGCGUACGCCGUCCGGAGUUGGGGACAGGCACACGGACGACACUGCGGAUAGCGUACGGACACCGACCUGUCGGCGCUUCAACGAGGACAGCACCACCCCCAGAAUCAUGGUGCCCCCUGCUACCCCCGACCUGCCUGCCUGCAGCCCGGCCAGCGAGACGGGCAGCGAGAACAGCGUCAGCAUGGCUGCACACACGCUGAUGAUCCUGUCGCGCGCAGCCAUCGCAAGGACUAGCACUGCCACCCCCCUGAAGGACAACACUCAGCAGUUCAGAUCCUUACGGAGCUCGGUGAAGAAAAGGAAACUAGAAGAUUUAAGUGAGGGUGAGAGAAAUGCUCGUUCUGCAAAUAGGAAAGAGCUUCAAAGUUCUCCAACACCAUCAAAAAAGAAGAAAAUAAAGGCAAGUACAAGCAUUUCCUUCACUAUUUAA